AGUGUGUGUGUGUGUGUGUGUGUGUGCUCGUGUUUGCAAAGAACCAAACGCACGGAAACUGCGUCUGCACUGGAAAAGUCCGAAAAAAUCGAAUUUCCCGCGACAAACAAAGCAAAGCGCGGUGUAGUAUGCAUUGUGCCUGACCAGGGAAAUUACCGUGACCGGAUGAGCUGUGUAGAAUAAUCGCCAUCGCUGCACAAUUGGGCACGUUUCUGUCCAGCUGCUACUGCACACCAAUGUUGGUUCAGUUUGUGUGUUUGUGGGGUGUUGCUGUGUAGUGCGUCGAGCGAACUUCCGGACACUGAUUUUCUAGCACCGCAUUUCUUUGUCGGGAAUCGUACCGCAAGUGCAGCUCAUAAUGCAGCUCCGUGCGUUGUAAAUCGGAAACAGCGAGAAAAGGAAACAAGCAGAGAAGCCAGCAGGAGCACACAAGACACUCUCGGUUCCCCUCUCCAGUGUAUGCUAUCAUUCAUACAGUACACACUAGGAAUCAUGAGCAGCCUGGGCAACGGCAACAAUCAGCACAACAUCAACAGCAACACCGGAAGCAGCCAAAACUCGGCCGCAGAAGGCACGAUGGAGCGUGGAAGCUGCAUCCUGGUGCGUUAUGCAAGCCAAAACUCGCUGGACGAAAGCUCCCAGAAGCAGCUGCCACGGUCGAACGGGAAGGAGAAAACGACCGGAGCGUACCGUAACAACAUCCACACGCAGCGCUCGUUCGAGGCCAUGAACAUGAUGCGAGAACAAAACCUGCUGUGCGAUGUGGUGCUGGUGGCGGAAGGGAUCGAAAUCCCGGCGCACAAAAUGGUGCUGGCCUCGUGCAGUCCCUACUUCUACGCCAUGUUUACCGGGUUCGAGGAGAGCCGGCAGGAUCGGAUCACGCUGCAGGGGGUGGAUCCGCGCGCCUUGCAGCUGCUGAUCGAGUACGUGUACCGGGCGGUGGUGGAGGUGACGGAGGACAAUGUGCAGAUACUGCUGACGGCGGCCAACCUGCUGCAGCUGACCGAUGUGCGCGAUGCGUGCUGCGACUAUCUGCAGACGCAGCUCGAUCCGAGCAACUGCCUGGGGAUACGCGAUUUUGCCGACAUCCACGGCUGUAUCGAUCUGCUCAACUAUGCGGAAACGUACAUCGAGCAGCAUUUCUCGGAAGUGGUACAGUUUGAUGAGUUUCUCAAUCUCACCAGUGACCAAGUGGCACAUCUGAUCAAGAGCGACCGUUUGUCAGUUCCUACGGAGGAGAAGGUGUAUGAAUGCGUCAUCACUUGGAUACAGUACGAUGUGAGCGGGCGCCAGCACCAUCUGGCCGACCUGAUGGAGCACGUCCGGCUGCCCCUGCUCUCCCAGGACUAUCUCGUGCAGUACGUCGAGAAGGAGCAGCUCAUGAAGGGCGACCUCCAGUGCAAGGACUACAUCAUCGAGGCGCUCAAGUAUCAUCUGCUGAAAGGCGAGCAGAAAACGUGCUUCAAAACACCCCGCACCAUACCGCGGCAACCGGUCGGCCUGCCGAAAGUGCUGCUCGUGAUCGGUGGCCAGGCGCCGAAAGCCAUCCGCUCGGUUGAGUGUUACGAUUUGCGGGAGGAGAAGUGGUACCAGGUGGCGGAAAUGCCCACGCGCCGUUGCCGGGCGGGACUGGCCGUACUGGGCGACAAGGUGUACGCGGUCGGCGGGUUUAACGGUUCGCUGCGCGUCAAAACGGUCGACGUGUACGAUCCGGUGCUGGACCAGUGGACCACCAGCCACAACAUGGAGGCGCGCCGCUCGACGCUGGGCGUCGCGGUACUCAACCACUGCAUCUACGCGGUCGGCGGGUUCGACGGCUCGACCGGGCUCAGCUCGGCGGAAAUGUUCGACCCGAAGCGGCAGGAGUGGCGCCUGAUCGCUUCCAUGUCGACGCGCCGCAGCUCGGUCGGGGUGGGGGUAGUGAACGGGCUGCUGUACGCCGUUGGUGGGUACGAUGGCGCCUCCCGGCAAUGUUUGGCGUCGGUCGAGCGGUACAACCCGUCCACCGACACCUGGACGCAGAUUGCGGAAAUGUCGGCAAGGCGUAGUGGGGCGGGCGUGGGCGUGCUGGACAACAUUCUGUACGCGGUGGGCGGUCACGAUGGGCCGCUGGUGCGCAAAUCGGUCGAAGCGUACGAUCCGGCCACGAACACGUGGCGCCCGGUCGGUGAUAUGGCGUUCUGCCGGCGCAAUGCUGGCGUCGUUGCGCACAACGGAAUGCUUUACGUGGUCGGUGGGGACGACGGGCUGUCGAAUCUGGCCUCGGUCGAGGUGUACAGCCCGGAAACGGACAGCUGGCGCAUCCUGCCCUCGUCGAUGAGCAUCGGCCGCAGCUACGCCGGUGUGGCAAUGAUAGAUAAGCCCUUGUGAAGCGAGCAGCAGGGCGCACGGGCCGCCCCCAAACAAUCCUUCUCCUCCCAUCAUCACACCACCACCUACACCCGGUACGCGAACUGUGCAGCCCUGCAGAAUGAAGCGGCGAGUUUACCGGCCGCCGGUGCCAACGACGACGAGAACAGCCAGGCGGAAGGGCUUAACCCGGAACCGGCAAUGAACAAUGCGCCAAACGGCAACAGUGUGCACUACGAGAACAUUUACGAAUCGAUCGAACAGUUUGCUCCCUUGAACGGUGGUGGAGGUGGGGCGGGAGUCGGUGGUAACGGUGCCCCUGCGGGUAUCCCUGCUGUCUCGAAUCCGGCGCCGCAACACGCGGCCGCCAAUCAACCACAGCCCGGUCCGUCGGGGCGUUCGCUGAAUGGCGGUGCUGCUGCAUGCAUUCCGCCCCCACCGCCCAGCAUGCUGCACAGCAUGCAGCAACUGUACCACCCGAUGGCGUACCGGAACGAGCUGUACGAUCGAACAGCCGGCUAUGAUGUGCCACGGGGUCGACCGGCUCCAAGCUACUACCAGAAUCCACCACCCGUGGCCGGCUCCUCCAAUGGGCGGUAUGCUAACCUUCACCUGGAUCUAAACCGUGCCCGCUAUCCGGUCGGCUCGGCCGCGCCGCAGCAACCGCGACCGCCCCGGCAGCGUAGCUUCGACGACACCGAAUCGUACCAUUACUAUCGCUGCCACAGCCAAUCGAACGGCGUCGCCAAGUGCGAUAAUUUGUACGAGCGCGUACGAGAGGAACCGGCCUACCAGAACACGGGCUCGUUUGCACCGGCGGCCAAUCGGGCGGCGGGUCUUUUCGGGCGGUUCGAUGUGAUCGGGCACGGCGUUGGGCGCAUCGAGCGCCAUCUGAGCUCGUCCUGUGGCAACAUCGAUCACUACAGCCUGGGCGGACACUAUGCGGUGCUUGGCCACAGUCAUCUCGGUACGGUGGGCCACAUACGGCUAAACCAACCGGGAGCCAAUGCACCAGGGAGUGUGGUAGGAGGUCCAGCAGGCACUAAUGCCCCGUACUGUGCGAACGGCACAGCGAAUGCGCAGCCAAACGCAACCAAGGACUCGUCGUCGGUGAACGUGAAGAGCUUUUUCAGCUGUCUCGGGGGCGAAAACUCCCAAUCGAUGAACAAUCUCAACAAACCAUCCACCGCGAAUGGAGCGGCGGGUGGCAGUGUGAACGCGGCGAACGGGAGCGACAGUACGCUGGCAGGCGCAGCUGGAGGCGCAGGAGGAGCAUCGUCGGGAGGAGCUUCGGGAGGAAACGGUGGACAGGGCGGAAGCAUUAUGGGCGGAUUGGCGAGUGCCGCCGCUGUUGGUGUGAGUGGUGUGGGCACGGGCGGCACGUUGGGAGGCAAAUCAACCGGUGCCAUCCCGAAGAUAAGCCGAAAGUCGAAACAAUCGCAACAAUCCGCUGCCCAGGAGCCGACUGCCAACGUUCCCGCGCCACCGUCACUCGCUUCCGUCGGUGGCCUACCGCCCGCCGACCUUUCCGCGGCCGAUCCUAUGUACGCGAACGGAAUGGGCGGGCGUGUGACCAAACCGUCCCUACAGUGGCUGCUGGUGAACAAGUGGCUCCCGCUGUGGGUCGGUCAAACGCCGCCGGAUUACAAGUUUAUCGAUUUUAACUUUAUGUUCUCGCGCAACUGUGACGGCUGCUCGACCGCCGGUGGAGCCCAUGGCCAGCAGCAGCAAGAAAUUGUACGGUAUGGAGCGAUUGAUCAAGCCGAUUACAUUCCCCCGGCACGCGAGUACCCCACAAUGACGGGCAGCUACCCGCGAGUGCUGCGCAAUACGCCCCAGCUAGCGCGGUUGCGCGAGCACGAGUAUGAGAACGUGCCACUGAACGAUGGUCCGGGCCCGAGGGGGUCGGCACCACGUGCCGGCCCUGCGCUGCAACCGGUGCGAGCCCGCUCUGAAAGUCCUAGCCGCGUCGGAGCGGAUCCACUGCGCAGCUGGGCGUUUAACUUCGAGAACAACACCUUCCGUCCAGCACGCAGCCCGGCGCUAUCGGUGGGCCCCUCUGGAAGUGCCACAAAUGGGACGCCUAAACCGCGCGAAGUACGCCGCAUUACCGAUGGAACGUUCGGUGUGCGCGAUCUUCAACGGCAACCGGACGGCGAGGAACCGGGCCCGAGUGGAUUGGCCGGCAAGUUUGCUGCUGCGGCUGCUGCUGCUGCUGCUGGUGUGAAGCGUGCAACCGAACCGGACCGUGACGAUGGCCGGCUAUCGUCAGCAUCUUCCUCGUCCGAUUCAGACAACUUUGCGAUCGAAUCCCUUGCGGCGGAAUCCGGCGGACAGCCGGACGAGGAGGAAGAAGAGGAUGGUAGCACCCGGUCGGCAGAGGUGCUGCGUGUGGAGAACGGUGCCCGUGGCGGCGGAGGAAGCAACUCUACGGAGAAGGGGAACGCUGGCAGCUCAUCGAACGAUACGUCCGACUCGCUGAACUAUGACGGGCCGGAACCGGAAGCAGCAGAUCGGUCCCUUUCCGAGGACGAGGACGAGCAGGCAGCCUGCUGCGGUGCGGUGGUGAUCGUGGAGGAAGAAGCGCCCGAAAAUACCGUAUCAGAAUAAGGGGGG